CUUCCUAAUCAAAUCUUCUCAAAAAUUGCUUAAAAAAUAUCCCUCUUUGAGCACCAAAUUCUUCACUGAAAAACAUUAAAAUUUAGCAAAGAAAAACUCCCGCAGUUCCAUGAGGAACCUUCCAUUGGGUGCUAAUAGAAAAUCUCAACCAUUUAGCUGAUAAGUCAUAUCAAAUUGUUAAAGAGAUAAACAAAAUUGUAUAAUUAUUUCACUAUGUUAUCGUCUCUUGGCUGUCCUUUUCAAUUUAUCUGUGGGCACACACGAUGGCGCAACAACAACAACCAUCCACCCACGUUGCUAAUAUUUCUUCAUUUUCAUGAGAAAUUAAGCUUUGUGUGGGGUUGUUUUCCGGUGGGUGGAUUAUUCACGUACUUACCGCCACAGGAUGGUGAACCAUGUCGCUCGGGGGAUGCCUCGAAAUGUCCUCGAAUGCGUCCCCUCAACCACCCCCUAUGUGUUGCAAUGUGGUGUGUCAAUAAAAUUGUUUGUGUGGAAAACAAUCCGAGACAGGAUGAUAUAAAAUUAGAGAGAAAAUCCCAUCGAAUUUCAUUAUCAACCCCCUUUAUGAGUGCUCCGGGGGUGUGUGGAAGGGUUGGGGGGGAGGAAGAAGACCACACAACUCACAGGCAGGAUGUGCGCAGACGCUGCUGCAGCAUCCCUGUACCGGAGAGGAGGAUGCUGGAUAUAAAAUCAGCUGAAUCCUCAGGAUCGUGUUGCAGUGUUGUGUUUGUGCCAUGAAGGAUUGCAGUGAAGUGAAAAAGUCCCAAAGAAGGAUUGCCAGGAUAUUCCGGGAAUUCUCAGGACAUUCCCUGGAGAAUUUCACAUCAUUCGAGUCAAUCACAAAGGUUCUCCACACACCAGUUGAUGGGGCGAGUUUAGGUGUGGGUCGAAUGCUAUUUGGGCUGAUGAUGAUGAUUGAUAUCCCCGAGGAACGAUCUGGUGGGGAUUUGGAUCUUCGUUGGGGAAAUCCUCGAGACUGCCGUUUCCCACUUUUCACCUUCCUAGCACCCCUGUCACUACCCUGGAUGGGAAUUAUUUACGGGAUAAUGUGGUUUGGAGCUCUAGGAAUCUGCAUUGGAUAUCGCUUUCGUGCAUCAUGCCUCAUGUUCUGCCUGCCUUACUGGUACAUCUUCUUCCUGGAUAAGAGUAGUUGGAACAAUCACAGCUACCUCUAUGGAUUACUCAGUAUUCUCUUCUUCUUCACUUCCGCCAAUAAAUUCUGUGCCUUUGAUGCUAAGAUGGCAACAAACAACUACAGAGACACGGAGGUUCCUUUUUGGAACUACUUCCUGCUCAAAUUCCAAUUUUUCAUUCUCUACUUCGUGGCGGGACUCAAGAAAUUCUCAAUAGAAUGGCUAUCAGGCUAUGCAAUGACCAAUUUGGGCUAUCAUUGGAUUUUUGCACCAUUCAGGAUCAUUUUGGGUGCUGGCAUGACGGAUUUGCUAAUCAUCCACUGGUUUGGCUUCCUUUUUGACCUCACCAUUGCAUUCUUCCUCAUUUGGCGACGUACACGACCCGUAGCAAGCCUCGUAGCAGCUGCUUUUCAUCUCAUGAAUUCCCGACUCUUUACAAUCGGGAUGUUUCCGUGGGUUUGUUUGGUUGAGAUGCCACUCUUCUAUGCCUUUGAUUGGCCUAGGAGGAUUUUUCGAAAAGACACGAAGAAUACGUCACAGGCUCCGAAAGAUAGAGAAAUUGCCAAAUCAACUAGCAAAUCAACGUCGCAGCAGAGGUUAACAACCACAUGGAUAAUCCUUUACAUGGCGCUUCAGUUCUUCCUUCCGUACUCGCAUUUUAUCACAAAGGGCUACAACAACUGGACUGAGGGCCUCUAUGGCUAUUCUUGGGACAUGAUGGUGCAUUCCUGGGACACUGUACUCAUCUCCAUUAAGGUUGUUGAUAAGAAGAACAACCAUACGUUAUAUGUUGAACCCUAUGCCUUUUCGGAGACAGAUAGAUGGACGAAACACGCUGAUAUGGCGCUGCAGUAUGCUCAGUGUGUGCAUAGGAAUUUAGUUGAGGGCGUUGCAGAGGCCAAAACAACGGAAAUUGAUCCACAGCACGUGGCCAUCUUCUUUGAUAUUUGGUGCUCAAUGAAUAAACGUUUCCAACAGAGGGUUUUUGAUCCGCGCACUGAUCUCCUUCGGGCACAUUGGUCACCAUUUGAGCAAACAACAUGGGUUCUUCCGCUUCUCAGUGAAUUGUCAUACCUGAGACCACGUAUGGCGGAAAUUGCAGAAGAUGUUCUCAUGUGGAACAACUACACGGACAUCAUGUUCAUUGCUGACUUUCCGGGAUUGCAAAUGGAGAAUUUCAUUUCAAAGGAUCUCGACAAUGUCACCAUUACCUGCAUUGAUGGCAGCAUCAAGGUAUCUUCAGAGGCUUCAGACGAUACCAUGACACUCACACCUGGGCAAUCUGUGAAGCUCCAUGCAGGAAUAUUCCACAGAGUCCUUGUGCUUGGAGAAACUCCUGCAUGCUACAUGUACACAUUUCAGAAUCAAACUAUGAAGAAUCUGACUGAAGGAGGACACCUCCUUGUUGAAGAUGAACCACCAUUGCUGCCCAUUGUCGAUGAACUUCACCACAGAUGGGAGAAUUUUGUCAAAUUCUUCGCACACGUUGGGAAUUCACUUCUCUUUGAAGUCUACGGCGUUCCUAUGCCAAUGAGGAUUUAAUAGAGGAAUUGUUUUGUAGGAAUUUUAAAAUAAAAAUGUAAUUUUAAGAUCAAAUU